AUGGAAAAUGGAGCGAUUCCAGACAAUAAAAUAGCAGCUACAUCUGAACUAAGUGCUGCCAAGAAUGGUCGACUAAACUACACAUCAGGAUCAUCAUGGUGUGCAAGACCAAGUGACACUAACCCAUAUCUACAGAUUGAUCUACAGACACUUUAUAUCAUCUGUGCUGUGUCCACUCAAGGGAAUUCUCAAGCAGAUCAUUGGGUGAAAAACUAUACACUUCAAUUCUCCAAUGAUGGGAAUACUUGGAUGGUCUACAGAGAAGGCGGACAAAUUAAAGUACCAUGUCAAAGACCAUGUCACUUGGCUUUUAAUGAUAUUUCAAGUUGUCUGCAAAAUAAAAUAAAAUUCGAUUGCGUGUUUGUUUGACACUUCCUCCGGAGUGAAGAUACGUUCAAUUAAUGGAGAAAAUUGUUCAAGUUGUUUUUCUUGGACAAAUACAGGGGAAAGUUUUUGUUCGCACGCCACCCUCAAAACUGAAUGCCAUUAGACUUGCUAAAACCUAAUUUAAUUGUUUAAAGGAGGGAGGAGGAGCACAAAGAUGAGAAAAAAAACCAAGAUGCUUGAUGCUUAGAGUUAUAAGAUUGUUAUUAUUUUUAUUUACUUAUUUUUUAUUUAAUUUGUAGCUGAUGGUUUUGAUUUCAGACCUUUCAGGGAAAUAGUGACAGAGCCUCAGAGGUGAAGCAUGUUCUUUAUGAAAGUGUUGAAGCACAGUACCUGCGAAUCUUGCCAAAUGCAUACCAUGGUGCUGUGUGUAUGAGAAUAGAGGUGUUUGGUGUUAAGCAAAAACCAGGUUAUUAUAAUUUUUGUUAGUUUCCUUCUGCCCAAUGAAUAGCCAAAUUUAAAAAAUAAUUAUUAUAAUUAUGCAUAAACAACCCAAAAUACGAAAUGACACCAAUUGAAAACUUACCUUUUGAAAAGAAUUAUUCAUACAAACUCCAGAGCCAAACUAAAAUAGGGAGAUCAUUACAUUGUAUAAAAAGUCUAGUAUAGUAUCCAAUGACGAAUAUUGGCUUUCAGAUUGGCGCAGGCUAUUCACAAAUCUGUCGAUCUUAUUCUCUUUUAUCUAAUGAUUGUGAGAACUUUAGUCCAUCUAUUUCAAUCUGCAAGGGUACGUUUACAUUUAUGUGUCCUUUCUUGUCUUUCUUGGGUGUAAAUUAACUCUAAAAUUAGUUUACCUUUAACAGGGUGAUAUAAAUGUUUGCAAAAUACACGACAUUAACGCUGGAGGUUUAUUAACUGAGUUGAUAUUUAUUUCUUUGCUGUCCUUACACAGAGAAUUUUGCCCUUGGUAAGGCCACCCUUCAGUCUUCAACAUAUAACAGUACUCAGUUGGGUGUGUCAGGUGUGUCAGAGAACGCAGUAGAUGGUAACUCUAAUACUGAAUUUAGAAAUGGAAGCUGUGCACAUACUCAGUCAAGCAAUUCAAGCUGGUGGAGAGUUGACCUGGGUUCAGAUAAGGUUCCAGUCUCUGACAUAUUCAUAGUAAACAGAUUUUCAACAGUUACUCAUGUGAUGGCCAGAAGCAAAGAUUAUAAAAUUACUUUGGGUGAGCAGUCACUAUACUUUUCAUGUAAUCAAUAUGAGAUAAGCUUAAGAUAAAUGGGUACAUUAAAGUAAUAAAACAAAGGCAAUUCCAGUAUAUGAGGUUGGAAAACCAUAGUUGCAUGCUCAAUCUCAACCUAUCUAUGUAGAAGUUUUACCAUGCAAAAGUGUGCAAAAUAUUAUGCGAAUAUUAAGAAAAAUGUUGUAGAGGGAGCUAUAUGUUGCUUUUUCAGUUUGAUGUUUCUGUUGCUGCUGAAUUGGGAUAUUUGAACCCCUCGAUAUACUUUGUCUAUUUUACAAAUCACUAUGAUUUGUUGCUUCAAACGAUAAUGAUGGAUAUAUUUUCUGUUUAUUGAUAUUGGGUUAAUAAUACAGUUACAUUUACGUGAACAUACACGUAAACUGUUGUUUCCCUUUGAAAUUGUCUCAACGAAACCCAGUUUGAUGGGGAAAAACAAGUUUAUAACAUUAAUUAAAUACAUUUAGACAGUAGUUUGUCACAUAUGUGCCAUGUACAGUACAUUGAGAUAAACUUUUUUUUAUUACAUCAGGUAACGACUCAGUAGUAGUAAACAACCCUCAGUGUCAAGGAUUCUACAGUUUUGUUAACUUCAAAGCAUCAGCUGUUUGUUUUACCAAUCCACUGACAACUGGUAGAUAUGUAGGGAUAUCAACAGUAAGGGAACAAUUUCUACAACUCUGUGAGGUGGAAAUCUAUUUGCGAGGUACAUAUCAUUAAAAACAGAGAUUGGUAUGGACUAAAAAUCUUUGUAGCAAAGUUUUGAAGUUUUUGUUUAACUUAAGUGACAAUGAUAGUUCCAAAAUCUUCUCUGACCUCACUUUUGAUGUGACCAGAUGCUGAUUAACAUAAUUGCAUGUCUCAUUUCAGACAAUCUUACAUUUGGAAAGCAAACAGAUCAAAGUAGUGUAAGCUAUGGUGGUGUAAGUAGCAGGGCAGUUGAUGGUAUCAGUAACACAGACUAUUACGCUAACAGCUGUACCCACACUGGCAAAGAACUCAACCCUUGGUGGAGAGUUGACUUGGGACAAGUUGAACCAGUUUCAGAAAUGUACCUAGUCAACCAAGAAAACCAGUGGUUUUACAGGCAGAAUAAUUUUGAGAUCAGAGUGGGUAGGUAAGAUCAUUUUUGAAAUUGUAACGCCAUACCAUAGUGUCAAAUAUUUCAAGCAAUCACAUCUCAUGAUGUAGGUAGUGUCAAGUUGUCUUCACACUUUGGCUGGUGGGUUUCAUUCAAGUUUAUCUACGCCUAUAUGCAGAGACAUUAAGCAGAAAUAUUUGUCAAAUGCAUCAUGAUAAUUCAUUAUCACAAAGAGUUAUCACUUACCUUCUGCUCCACUCGUGGAAGAUAUGAUGGAAUUGUGGAGGCUGAACUCUAGAUCCAAAGGUCCAGUUUGUAGCCUUGUUUUCCAUUGUGCUCCAAUGUUUGAGAAUUUACUGUCAUAUUGUCCCUUUAAAGUGAGGAAUGCACAAUUUAAAUGAAAGCUGAACAUUAAUCACCUGCUAUAAUGGACUAGUUACUCUUCUGUUAUGGCUUCAUCGUUUAAACUAUGGCCCACUUGUUGGGCGGAUAACGCUAUUCAACGGAUAAAUCGCUAACGAGUGGAUAAGUGUUAACAAAAUGUGCUGCACUAUCCACUGGAUAGAUCAGAUUUAUCCGGUGGAUAGCAUUGUCCUACACUCCAGCAUCUUAUGACCUCCAGUUAUGUUAGCCCUCUGGCCUCAUGUAAUACUCUCAUACCACUGGGUAAUGAUAGUAGAGCUUGGUAAACAAGUUCUUGGUUACUUUUUCUGCCAAAGCAUAAAUUUUUUCAUGAUUCUCUAUAGGGACAGUAUUCAAUAGUAGAGGAAUUACCAAUCCCAGGUGUGGUGACGGCCAGAGUUACAGCCUUCCAAGAGGAAAAGGUGUAUCCUUUUUCUGUCGUCCUGUUUUAUUUGGAAGAUAUGUGACAAUAAGGAGCUUAAGAACUGACCGUGAACACUUCACACUUUGUGAAGUUGAAGUUUAUUCUGAAAGGAGAGGUAACACACUUUAUAUAAAAUACCUGUAUAUGUUUGAAAACCUCACGCUGAUUGAAGUCUUAAGUUAUUGCACAGAGGAGUUAUGCUAAUGUACACUAGUUCUACAUUCAUGCUUUACCUUACUAUAGAACCAUCCCAUGCCUUUGCUCCGACAUAUUUAAAAGACAUUUCUCUCUACCAUGCUUUAACUGUGCCUGCAGGUACAAUUUGAUUGAAUCCCAGUAGGCUCAAUCUUACUGCCAUUUUCCUCAAUUUUUUUUCUUUCCAUGCAUCUACGAUCAGAGUAUUGAUAAUAUUGAUUCCUUUUAGAGUUAGUUAGAGGAAUUUCUGCUCUAGGUUCAAAUGCAAUUGAAAACUUUUGUGCCAGAAGGUCUCAUUACACUUUACCUUACAAUAAAACCAUUCCUAGCCUUCGCUCUGAAUCAUUUAAUGGACAGUUCUCUCUGCCAUGCCUUAACUGUGCCUGCAGGUACAACUUAAUUGAAUUUUUUUUCAAAACCUUUAUGCUAAGUGGAAAACAUUAGUACAAUAUUGAACAUAGAUUAAUGUCAAAUAUGUAUUGAAAGUCUGGUACUAUAGACUCCAAAAAAUAUUUCAAAUCAAUACAGCUGAUUACAUAAAUGAAAACCAUCAGAUUAUUAGACAGCUCUGAUAUGAUUUAUUUCGACUGAACCUUACAUAAAUGCAAAUUAGUUUUGUAGUGGCAGGUUUGCUGUCUACUUCUUUGUGUUACAUGUAUCUGCUUGUAAUUAAUCAGUUCAUCGUUUUCUUAUAACUGAUUACAGCUUGCCAAAUGCAGGCCAUAGGUGUGGCUAGCACUGACACACUUCCUGAUGCCAGCUUCUCAGCAUCAAGUGAACGUACAAAUCUUGAAGCUUUUAAAGGUCGACUGAAUGCAUUUAGGGGAUGGUCACCCAGCAGAAAUGAUAGGCCUGAUGAUUAUCUACAAAUUGAUCUGCAGUAUGAGUUUCUUAUUUGUGCUGUAGCUACUCAAGGGAGGUCAACUUUUGAUGACUGGACAACUGAGUACAAGUUACAGCUAUCCUUGGAUGGUUCCACUUUUGUGACCUACAAGGAAAACAAUGUUGACAGGGUCGGUUAAAAAAGGCACAGCUGAGAUUAAAUACAGAACUGUAAAAGACAUUCUUAGAGUUGUACUAAAGGGUGAUUUCAAGAGCUACGUGUAUGCGGGAGUUUAAGUCUCAAACUCUGAACCCUGGAGAAAGUUUGUGGAAUGGUGGUCGUGUUCUUAGACUUAAAUAGAAGGUCACAAUCUUAAAAUGCAUUACCCUUCAUCAUGUGCUGAGAUUUAAAUAGAAAUGAGCAUCUAUCAUGGGUGGACAUUCAUGCAUGUCUCUAAAAGAAAGGAACUUAAACGUAUAUGUUACAGGUUAUAGUAGUAUCCUGAGUAAGAACAAUAUGUAUGCAGAAUAUCAAGUUUUCUGUCAUAUAUGCAUAAUGUAAAUUGAAUUAACUGACCUUAUAAAGCAGGAAAAAGAGAACACAUCUGGAUACUUUGGUGCACAGUGGCCGCUAAAGUAGUCUUGAGCACUGACUGGCCGCUAGUAGCUGAGAAAUGUAAUAAUAACAUUGUUCCAGAGUCUGCUAUGACCAACAACAAUAAAAUUGAUAUUCAGUUAAAUAAUGAGCUCAUACUUGAAUUAAUUGUUUUAGACUUUCAGUGGCAAUUCUGGAAGACAUGACAUUGUCAAACACAAUCUCAGAGAUGUGAGGGCAAGGUUCAUCCGUUUCCAGCCUGUCAAGUUUGUUAGAAACAAAGCUUUGAGAGUAGAGGUGUAUGGAGUUCUUGUAUCUAGAGGUAUAUUAUGUUUAAUUUAAUAUCAUCAAAUUUUCACAUUCAUUAAUUAUAAGUCUGGUAUAUUGGUUAAGUUAGUACAUAGCCUCUUUGGUCAUUGGAUGUAGUUUAUUUUUGUGAAUACUACUUGUAGUUGAACAUCAUGUACAGGUGUAUAUGUAGGCAGAAUUAAUAAGUGCCAUUUUCCACAAAAAAGGCCUUAACCUACAGCUGUGUGACUCCCAGUCAUGGAGCUGGAUAUGUACCUAUGUUAUAUUGGUGGUAGUCUGCACGUCUAAAGGAAUCUACAGAUAGGAAGUAGAUUUGUUUAAAUCCGUUUUGGGAUGCGUUCUUCUCCCAUUUACAUAAUUGAUUACAUAUAUUUGUUCCCAACAAUUCCUAAGACCCCCUACAAAUUAAUACUUUUAAAACUGUGCAAGACUUUUCACUAACUGGAAGAGUAAGGCUUGGUUAAAUUUGAUCUCUUAAAUACCACAUGAAUUGAUUUUUAUAAGCAAAAAACGAAGAAUAUUGGUAUCAAUGUUAUUAUUAUUAUUAUUAUUAUUAUUAUUAUUAUUAUCAUGAUCAUCAAUAUUAUUAUUGCCAUUAUUCAAUUAUCAUUCUGUCUUGAUUUCAGUCCCUUCACAAGCACCCAGUGAAUUGACUCUAUCUGCAACCUCUGCUGCAAGUAUUACUGCAUACUGGCGGUUACCUCCUGCGUAUUCCAGACAUGGAAUCAUUGCAGGGUUUAAAUUGUUCUAUAAAAAGAAAGGGCUCAGGUCAAUACGUGUGGAAACUAUCAAUGGCGGAACAACCCUUUCUGUGGGAAUUAAUGGUCUGGAUAAGUACACAGAAUAUGAAUUUCAAGUGUUGGCUUUUACAUCUCAUGGUGAUGGACCAAAGAGUUCUGUUGUGGUGGAGAGAACAUUGAAAGAUGGUAAGAAAUUUGAUUGUUUGUGGCAGUGGCACUUCCACUCCUAUUGGUUUUCAAGAGCCUAUCACGUUGUAAAAGUUGGGUUGACAUGAAUGAAAGUGCAGUAAUAUGUUUGACUGUGUAUAUAUGUUGACAUCCUAGCAAAAUAUUUAUUAAAAAGUUUAAUCCCUAGAAUCUGAUCGUUAAGUUUCCUUGUAACUUAGUCAAGAAAAUCUGUUUUUUUUCCACUAGUUAGGUCUUUUUAGGUCUUUAAAGUUAAAACUGUUAAGCAAAAUGCUUUUUAUCUGUCUUAUUUUGAAUCAAUAUCAGCAUCCAAGUUCCUGCAUACCUAACCCAACAUUAACCCUACUUGCUCUCAGUUGACUGUUCUUGAGUAAGGGGAGGGGUAGUUAUGCAGUUGCUUAGAUGUUGGCAUUAAUAUAUUAUUUCUGUAAGUUUAUCGAUUAUGCUCACUAUGACAAAUGAAGAUGUAAAAUGUAAAAUAUACUCUAAUACAUAAUACACCAAACUAAGUGCAAUUUUAAUUUCUACAUUUAGAGCACUAUUAAUUUCUGACUUUUCCUCUAAUUAUAACUUUUUCUUUAGCACCUGGUCCUCCGGCUUCCCUCAAUCAUACUCUUAAAACACCGACUGAGUCACAUGGACCAAUGAUAACUUUAUCCUGGACAGCCCCUUCACAACCAAAUGGAGUUAUCAGGAAUUACACUGUGUUUUACCACCACAGUGAAGAUCCACUUAAUACUCUCAAUGAGACCUUUGGACCAGAUGUCUUUAGUUACACAAUUGAUGUGUUGGGUGGAGUCACCUAUUGGUUUGACGUCAGAGCUGAGAUGAUAAAACCUGGAGAGAAGGCCUCUUUAAUCGUUAAUAUCUCAGAAUAUAGUAAGUGUAAUGUAGUCAGUCUUACGUAUCUCAUCGAUGUUAACGAGAAGCAAGAUCUCCAUUACCGGUACAUUUAGAUUAGUCGCGUAAAGUGAAGUAAAAAAAUGAAUUCAAUUUUAGUUAAACCACAAAACAUAAGUUUGGUGGGAUAAAAAAAGAAAUUAUUGGAAUAAAAUGAGAUGCACGAGGGUGACAUGAGUUUGAAAUGACAUGUUAAGACCAUAAAAACUUCUUAGGGUAUGAUGUUUAACUUUUGACUGAAUUGUUAUCCGCUAGAGCCUAAUAGUGGCCCAGCUAAGGUGUUUUCUGCCUAUGUGAACAAAACCACCUUAAACAUUUCAUGGGCACCUCUACCAAGAGAACAGAGUAAUGGCGGCAUCAUUCUGUACAACGUCAAAGAAGAGUUGUUGUCUCGGGGAACACAACAGAAAAGAUCACCUCUGAGCGGCAAAACAGUCAAUACAACAGACACAUUCAUUUUAUUGAGUGGAUUAUUGCUUUGUUCGCAAUACCAAGUGUAUGUUCGAGCUUAUACCAAAAUAGGUCCUGGCCCAUAUGGUCCACCUUUAGAACUGCCGAGAACGUCAGGUAAGUAAUAUAUAUCAAAAUAGCGCCUUAAAAUUGAUGGAAGUAGAACCAGUGCAAGAGAUUACACUUCGGCAAAUCAGAACAGAGAAAAACAUCGUAGGGAAGCCCAACCUUUAAGUAAAAAGAUAAAAAUAAGUCGUUUUAUCUUAUGUCCGUACGGUCCUGUGCACCUUAUUGGGAAGCACUGAAAAAAAUCUCCGGAUGAGGGCCUUGCGCGAUAACCCGAGCUGGGCCAUGAAAAGCCGUACGCCUUUGUGCGUGACCUUUGGAGAUGCUAAAAUCAAAAAAGCGAGGAAGAAAGAGAGAGAGUAGCCACAUUGAACUGCUCUUCCGACUUCAGUUACAUUCAGAUUGUGGGAAAGGUUAACAGGCUUGGAACAGACGUUUAGAGAUUAGAUUUGGAAACUGAAGAAUUUAAUAUCGUGAUAUAGUCAUGUGAAAGCGUGUUUUUACUUCGCUUUCGUUUGAGGAAACUAAUUUUUUCUUUAGUACUGAAGUCACGAUCAUUUUUAUCAAAGACCCAGGAACACCUUGGGGUUUGAGUGCCUCAAAUGUUGGAACAACGCGAGUGAGUCUGGAAUGGAAAGAGCCUGAGCUAACUACGAGAGAAGGCAUUAGUUAUAGGGUAAGCUAAACGAAAGAGAUAAAAAUUUCAAUUUAAAUGGAACAUUUAAGUUCACAUUCCAAAUUUAUAUUCACUUGAAAUGUAAUUGUUUCUGAUAUUGCGGGCGCAAGUGGCUCACAGCAAACGCUUACAAUUAAACCUUUGAAUUUUGUCUUAAAUGGAGCCUUUGGUGCAAUUACAUAAAAUUAUAUCUGCCCGUGCAGUUGUUAGAGUUCAUUUUUCUACAUUGAUCUCAUGGAUUUAACAACUAUUAGAAGAAAGUAAACCUAAAUGGAGUUAAUUAUUAUUUAAUUAUAUCCUUUAUUGUCCAAGGUAAUAGUUUUUGUUUUUUUGUCGGUGCGGAUGAAGGGUUUCUUUGUAUUUACAUUGAUUUUAUCUUAACUCCUUAUACCCUAACAUCAGUUUUCAUAUUCUCCAUGCUGUUCUCUGUAAAUUUAUUAUGGAACUUAACAAUCAAGAGCUUCUUUGGUUGGUUAUCAUUUACUUUAUUCUCUUGACCUUAAUCUUUGAUUCAGGGGUGAUGUUGUGAGGAGAAAUUAGAUGCUAAUUAAAAAGGGUUAUUAAAAGUAAACUGUUAUUAUUUACCUUUGAUCGUUUGAAUCUUCUCAGUAGUUAAGCAUUUUUUUUUAAUUUCUCAUUGUCUCUUAAGGUAAAGUAUCUCGGAACAAAGCCUUCCAAUGGAAGCUUCAGAGAGGAAGGUGUCCAAGACGUUGGCAGUUCCACCUCUUACACCAUGAAAGGUUUAGUUCCAGGCUCUACCUAUGAGUUUCAGGUUUUGGUGAGCUCGGUAUGUGGAUUCGGAGAACCCAGAAGGUUUCCUGAUAGGAUCAAAACAAAGAUGACAGGUAUACCUUGAUGUAAACGAUUAUUUUCCUGUUCUAAAGCCAUGCAGUUAGAAUUUUAGUAUCAUUUGUUCCAUAGAUUAUCAGGACCUUGUUUAAGUGAUAACCUAUUUUAGAGUUCCGUAAAAAAAAAAACAUACGAUAUAUAUGGGAAGUAACUCCUAUGAAAUGCAAAGAUCAUCUUUUCAGUGGCUUGCAUAUUUAUAGAGGACGUUUCAGAGUCAGAGUUUACCCGGAUCAUGCUAUCGGAGUGGCUAUCUGAGUGUACAGUAUCUUGCUUUAUAUUAGCUUGGCAUGCUGGCGCAUCUGAACUUAAAGCCGCCUGUUAGUUUACAAACAUUUAGAGUCCUUUUCGAUGGCAUCUUGAUAAAAUCAGACCACUUGUAAACUCUAAACGUAGACAUAAGGAUUCCUUUUCAUCUUUGGACAAGAAAGGAGAGAAAACAGGAGAGCAAGGGAAAAAGGAUUGUAAACAUUACAGAACUAUUAAAGUGAACAUGUCAUUUAGCUAAGCGCAAAGGCCGAUUCCUCGAAUAUUAACCAUAGGCUAGACAUAAAAGAAAGACCGAGGACUUCUAUUGAUAUUCUCCCCGAACUGUUCCAAGUAUUGUUACGUGCUUUCACUGGGUAUUUUCCAGUCUAAAGCAACAUUAUGGAUGGAUGCAUUUCCUCUUUCUAGAAAAUUGUGAUAAUUUUACUCACCUAGUACAUAAUUUUCCUCUGUAGCUCCAAUGGCCCCAUUUGUACCUCAGUGGACUAAUAUGGAGAUCUCGGAGUUAUCGGUCGAAAUUAACCUCUGGCCUGUAGAGCAAAGAAAUGGUCCAGUAAGGUGCGUGACUGUAGAAUGGAAUGUGCGGUAUUCAUUUAUUAAGUCCAUAAUAUACAUGGAAAAAUUACGCGCGUCUGAUUGACGGAAAACGAGUCAUUUUUUUCAUGUAACAUAAGUGCAAAUUACAAAUAGCGCGCACGCGAUACGUUUUUCAUGUGAAUUAUUAACAAGUAAUAACACGAUUAUCGUGUUAUUUGGUUUAAAUAAGCACUUGUAAAUUUUCCAAAGACUAAAAAUUGCAUUUCAUAAAAACUUUCUCGUGCUUAUUAACAACAAAUUGCACUCGAAAUCAUGUUGUUACCAACAAGUUUCAGGUGAAGUACUAGCAUAAGUAUUCCACUUAUUCUAAAAUGAUGGAUUUUUUAUUUACUGUUGGUGUCCUUAUUGGUUUUUGCUCGUGAUCCCAAAGAUGAGACAGACAAAGCAUCAGCCUAUUUAACCCUUGUUCCCCUAGAAAUGAUUAAUACCUAACUUCUCCCUUAACAUCUAUACAAUAUCCAGCAAACAAUUAACGAGAAUACUCAAACUUAUUAGAUAGAACUUGUUUUCUCGAUCUAACACCAAAUUCUCGUUACAAAUUUACAAGGAAAUGUGUAGCGAGUAGAAGGGAGAAUUAAUGAUCAGAUCUUGAGAGUUAAAAGGUCAAUAAACAAUAUACAUUACUGUACGUUAAUUUUUAUUCACUCCACCUUUUAUCUCAGGACCCUCAGAAACCUAUUUAUUUAUUCAUUAUAUUUUCAAAUGAAAGAUUAAUGAGUAAACGUUACGACUCUUUUUCAUGAAGAUGUGAAGGAAUUAAACGGAGUAUGUGGGCAGAGUCUACUACAUGAUUCUUAGAUCUAAAUCUGAUGUCUUUAACGUCUAUCAGUUUUAAAAAAGGGACGGAACGAUGGUUAGAGUUUCAUUGAUAAGAAUUUCGCUCUUAUUCAUUAUUUCAGUGCCUAUCAGGUAAUUGUUCUUAAAGUCUCUGAUUGUGUUCAAGACUUGAAUAGAAACAACACGAACUUUUAUCCAUUUUAUGUUGCUGCGGAGUUGAAAAAUAACCCUGUCCAUGAGAAGUCUUGGAAGUUUACCGUUGGUGAUGGGAAAUCGUAUGGAGCCUUUGUUAACAAUGAACUGACAAGAGGAGAAAACUACAUUGUAUACCAAAGAGCCUUAACCGAUUACAACGGUGUAAGUAAAUUUUAAUUUCCGUGAAAUUUCUGCUUAGGGUUACAAUUAAUGACCCAAACGUUGGAUCUGGUAAGUUAACAAAAAUCGUAUGAAAACCCCACGUUUUUACGGACAUGUUGUUCGUGCUAAAUUUCUUUUCCUUAUAUCAAGGAAUCAACAGAAUUGUCGGUCACUUUUUGACCUUUUUUCCGUUUGACAGCAAUUUUUAGAAGGAGAUAUCAGCAAAAUCGCCAUGAUUUCUAUUAAACCAGGUAAGUGAUUCAAUAUUCACUAGAUACUCAGAAAGCUCUAUUUUCAAAAGUGAUUAAAGACCUACGGUUAGUGUAGCGAGUGUUUGAACAAUUAAAAAUCUCUGCCCUGCUGGCCAUGGGUAGGAAAAAAUUCCAGCAAAUUCGCUUCGAUGGUUAAUGUUUCAUGCAGAAUCCAGAUUUGCAUUUAUUCAUCGGCUGACCUUGCAUAUCAUACAACACUACUACAGUAACAUCCUUGUCAUUAUUAUAUGUCAUUGACUCGUUUCACUGCGACAAAAACUCUUUUAAUUUAAUAAAGAGCAAACACGUGAUUCGACGAAAUUCAGCUUUAUGAUGAACAAGUGCCGUAGCUUUGGCACGUGGACGUAACUUGUUCUCUUAGUGUUUGGGUUCAUGCCCAUCAACAAUUCAAUCAUACGCUUUUUCUGCCAAUACAAUACAAUACAAUACAGUUUAUUUUACGUCGGUAACGUAGGGGGUGGUUACCCAAUCCCCCGAGCCUAAUGGCUCAAGUUGAAAACGCUCGACAUAUAAAAUACAGAUGUGUAUAUAAAUAUAUGUACAAGUUUAAUAUAUGUAUAUCUGACGAAAAAAUCGCAAAAAUAUCACCUAGCCCCCUACGCCUAACCCUAAUCCUGAACUUCCCCUGAAACCCUACACCUAACUUGUAGCCCUAACCCUGAAGCCUAAUUAUCAAUUCAUAACCCAACCCCUACAAUUGUAUACUAAUACACUUAUUACACUUACAGCCAAGCGUAGUUAUGCGAGAUAGGCCAGUCUUAAAUUUUGCUAGAGUAGUUACCGAUUUAACUGAAGAUGGUAGCUGGUUCCAGGAAUGAGAGAUAAUAUAUGAAAAAGAGCUAUGAAUAUGGCUAGAGGUGUUUACAGGCUAGGAAACAUUAAGAGCAGAGGAGCGCAAUUUGUAGUGACAGACAAAACUUUACUUUCCAAAACUUUCCUUUCUUUUUAACAUGCAGGUAUAACUUAGGACACCAAAGGAUAAAACUGUAAGUAUUAUGGAGUUUUGCAAACGCGCUCAUUAUUGUGCCAUUUUGAUUUUCAGCUGAAAGCCGAGUACUUUUCGCUACUGUCAUCGCACUUUCUGUCAUUGUGUUUUUCUCUCUUAUUGUGAAUGGUAUCCUGAUAUGGCGGUUAAGACGAGCCGAGCCUAACAAUAGAACAACCAUAGUAAAUAGUGGUAUCCCUGUCCCAUCUGGUGUUCAUCAAGCGUCAGAACCUGGUGUUUAUAUGGAGCUGCAACCCAGGCCUUCUGACGGGCAGUCACGUGAACCACCUGAAUACCAGUCACUGGACGACAGACGAGUGACCCAAGAUUACUACAAUAUGGGAGUUUCGGAAGGAAGCUUGGACGAGAGGGGAGUAGUUUAUGAAAAUUUGGAGUAA